AUGACUCCACGGCGCUUCUUCUUGGUCGCCCUUCUCACGGCGAUCUCAUUCUUCGCCAGAACAGCGCUGGUAGCUGUUAGCCAGGACUACACAGCUGCUUGGCCCUAUUGCUCGACGACCGGCAACUACACCAUGGCGAGCUCAUACCAGGUGAACCUCGUCCAGCUCAUGGCUGAUCUCCAGGCGGGCGCCAUAGACAACCGUGGGUUUAAUGUGAGCAUGGCAGGAAAGUCACCGGACACUGUCUUUGGCCUCAUCAUGUGCUAUGCCGACAGCAGCUGGGAUCAGUGCCAGAACUGCGUUCGAGCCGCGACCGCCGGGGUGCAGCAAACAUGCCAGUUCAGCCGGGAGAUGAAGGCCUACUACAUCGAUGCCUGCGUCCUGAGGUACUCUGACAAGCCGUUCUUCUCUGUCGCCGAUCUUAACGUGGCCUACUACGGAUGGAUAUAUACCUAUGUCUCCGACAUGGUAGGCAUGAACGCCACGAGGUGGACGCUAAUGAACCGGCUCGUGGGAGAGGCAUCCGGUUCGCCACUACGGCUGCCCAACCAGAGUGAGGUGUUCAAAGACUCCGAUGGCAGCUCCCAGAUGAUGUAUGGGUUCGCGCAGUGCACAAGGGACCUCAACUCAAGCGAGUGCACCAGGUGGCUCACGCAUUUGGUGGCGGAGCUGUCCAACUCCCGUCCAAACAACACCUACGGCGCUGUAAAAGGAUACAGCUGCUACGUGGUGUACCAGAUCGGGAGAGACCUGGGCAUCAUGCUUCCACCUUCACCGGCAGAGUCGCCGGAGCCCUCACCACCGCCACCGGUGACGACUCCACAGCAAGAAGUGUCUCACGCAAACAAACCUAAUAAUUCUGGAACAUCUGGCGUCUGCAUGUUCUUGUUUUUUAAUGCGAAAGCUACGUCGCCUCCUCACGGCCUCGACGGAAGGCUCAUAGCCGGUGCAACUCUGGGUUCAUUGGCUGCUGCCGUCGCCUUGGGCAUCAUGGCAGCGCUCUUUUGGCGACGCAGGAGAAAGGAUACUGCACCGGAACAGGAACUAUGCGCUAUGUUCGAUGGCGAGCCGCAAGAAGAUUAG